AUGGCGUCCAAAACUGCCGCAGCUGCUCCUUUGCCGCACACACCACAACGUCGUCGUCGUCAUCAACCAAAUCGCACGCGACUUUGUGGUCGGAAAGCGGAUGCCCCUCAAGUUCGAUUGUCAAAGACGUUGGCGUACGCUCUACGCCACGGAGCGGAAGCGCUGAAGCUGGACAUGAGACCGUCGGGAUUCGUGUCACUAUCUCAAUUGCUCGCCCUCCCACUGUUCCAGUCCUUUAGUGAGCAACAAGUAGAGCAAGUGGUGCAGACGGACGCGAAAAAACGGUUUUCCAUGACAACGACUGAGUUCGAGCUCGACAAAGUCUUUGUACGUGCGAAUCAGGGGCACACGCUGCCAUUCGUGCAAGACGAGGAGCUGCUGAGACCGUUGGAAGAUCCACGGGACGUCGAAAUGUGCGUCCACGGGACGUAUCUCAAGUUCUGGGACAGUAUCUGGAACUCGGGACUGUGUAAGAUGCAGAGGAACCAUAUUCACUUUGCUGAGACCGACGUCUUGGAUGACGACGCGAUAGUGAGCGGCAUUCGUGCGAACUGCAACUUGUUCGUGUACAUUGACGUUGCUAUGGCCAUGAAAGAAGGGAUCAAGUUCUACAAGUCCAGCAACAAUGUCGUGUUGAGUCCCGGUGGGAAGGACACAGGCGUGAUCGAUCGACGAUACUUUCUGCGAGCGGUCAAGAGAGAUGGCACUGUGGUGUAUGCGAGAGACGAGAGCGUGGAGAGAAGCGAGUGA